UUCCCUUCUGUUGAGUUACAAUUUCACUUGUCAAAGAUAAUGGCAGGGGCAGCCGGGUAAGGUUUAUACAAUAUGACUGUAAAUAUGCCUUCUCUUCAGGGCAUACAGGCCUCAUCACUUGAUGAAAUAGUCCACCUACUAAAUGACAAUGGUCUGCUGUCAAACCCUGAAACCAGAAAAACUCUGACAUCAUUAUUGGUGUGGACAGGAUACAUGAUUUUUCAAACCUGUUUUUCGACAUCAUUUACAGUACUCCUUUUUUGGCUAGUUUUUCUUCCCCUAAGAAUCCUUGCAUGCUUGAGUAUAAAUUCAUUUACAAUGAUAGAAUCCUGCAUUUUCAAAGAAAGAGUCAAUGGGAGGGAAAUAAAUGCACCAAUUCUAGGUACUUCCAUAAGCUGACAAAACUUUCUAACAACUUGCAAGUUAAACCAAGAAAUCGGCAAAAGCUAUCUCUCAGUGAUCUUGACAGAUGCAUCUUGAGUCCUUUGGCCCUCACCAAACCUUCGCCUUUUCUAAACCAUGCAGCAAAAAGCACCAACCACAUACUGUCGACAGUAAAAGAAAGUGUAUUCUACAACUAUAAUAAGUUAUGACACUUGCAAGAAAUGUAGAGAAAAGUCAGACAUAUUAGCACAGAUACCCUUCCAGCCUCUCUCCCAUGGCUAAUAGUGAUUCAAAAUCCAAGCCUCUGAAUGAAGAAUCAAGAAUAAUCGCCGAGUAUAGAGAGUGUUGGCGGAACCAUGCCGUCUUGACUGGUGGCCACGCUGUUGAUGGUUGUGGAGAGUUCACUCCAAAUGGAGAUCAAGGGACUAAAGAAGCUUUCAUCUGUGAAGCUUGUGGUUGCCAUAGAAACUUUCAUAGAAAACAGGUGAUCAUGAGGAAUGGUACCAUUCUUCUUGACUCUCAUCAUUCACCUCCUCCUCCAUAUGGACUAUAUGGAGCUCCAUAUACCUCUGUCAGCGAUGAAGAGUCCCUGUAUAAUGGAAGCAGCUCUGAGAAGAAAAUGAAGGCAAGAAAAAGGCCUAAGAGAGGCACCUCAAUGCGCAACAAGAAAUGAGGUGAGGCCAUUUUCUUCACCCACCACAAUAAAUUAGACUUAUCUGGUCAGCUUAAAAGGUCGUAAUGUUACCCCACAUAUUGGAAGGUCAUAAGUCUCUCUAAUGAAGACUUGUCACUAUAAUUUCGUAAAAUAAUCAUGCAUUUGCCAAAAGAGGAGGCAGCUCCACCAUAAAUUACAGUA